GUGUGCUACAAUUGGCGGAGUCUGGGGCGAAACUGUCCUUUCGUGUUUCCUGUGAGGGACAGUUAACAGUGUGAGCAAACAACUGCCCCAGCCAGGCGUUCAAAAACCAGGUAAACCGAAAAAACAAAAGGGGGGACAUCACCGGGGAGUUAAUAUGUCUGGAAAUAAAGACAGCGACGGCGGAUGGAGGAAUUUUCUGUGGAAUUCAGAGAAGAGGGAGUUUCUAGGACGAACAGGGGGCAGUUGGCUCAAAAUCUUCUUGUUCUACGUGAUUUUCUAUGGAUGCUUGGCUGGAAUUUUCAUUGGGACCAUUCAGGCUAUGCUGCUUACGCUAAGUAACUACAAACCCACCUAUCAGGACAGAGUGGCUCCCCCAGGUCUAUCACACACCCCACGCUCAGACAAAUCUGAAAUUUCUUUCAGCAAGUCUGACCCAUCUACUUAUUCGAAGUACGUCAAAAGCAUAGAUGCUCUCCUUGAAGCCUACAAAGAAAUACGUCAGGCUGAUCAGCUUAAGUUUGAGGACUGUGGAGUCACUCCUCAGACAUACAAGGACCGCGGCCCUCUGCAGAGUGACAGCGGACUGAGGAGAGCUUGCCGUUUCCUUAAAUCUUGGCUUGGUAGCUGCUCAGGGGACUCCGACCCCACUUAUGGCUUCGGGGAGGGAAAGCCAUGCAUGAUUGUCAAGCUUAACAGGAUUGUCAACUUCAGACCAAGGGGUCCCACUAACAAUCAGACAAUCCCAGAGCCUCUGCAGGGCAAAGCACUGUCCAACCUGAUCCCCAUUUACUGCAAAAAUAAGAGAGAAGAAGAUGAGGAGAAGAUCGGUGAGAUCAAGUACUAUGGCAUCAGCGAAGGCUUUCCUCUCCAGUACUACCCCUACUAUGGCAAACUGCUGCACCCCCAGUACCUGCAGCCUCUGGUGGCCAUUCACUUCACCAACCUCACUAUGAACGAGGAGCUCCGCAUUGAGUGCAAAGUAUAUGGAGCAAAUAUCGACUACAGUGAGAAAGACCGCUAUCAGGGACGCUUUGACGUUAAGAUCACAAUAAAGUCGUGACCUCAGCCACGAUGAGCACUCUCAUUUUGCAAACAAACAAAAUGUAGAGAGAAUACAAGAGUUCAGAUAAACACCACUAGUCUUUGAACAUUCAUAAUAUACAGGACCUACACUUAAUCCGUGUGCUUUACACUAGCUUUUCUGUGUGUUUGUCGAGGGUUAGAAUGUAAAAUACAAGAGUAGCAAUAGCAAAUAUUUAUUCUACUGUAAAUGAAAAUAUUCCUUGAGCCAUGGGAUGUGUUCAUCUAUUACUGUAAAACUGCAAUUCCACUACUGACGUGUAGCGAGUUGUGUUUCUGUCCCCAAGGUAUUUCAUCCUCACGUGGUUUCUAUAUAUUUUUGGAGUGUCCUGUGCUGUAGUCCAGUCCUGUUGUAAUCUCUUUUGUCUUAUGUCAGCUUUAGUGGUCCAAGGUGUGUGUGUGUGCGCUCGUGUCUGUGUGCAGGCGUGUUAGUUUAUGUGAGUGCGUGGAGUUUGUUAAUGUGCUCUGACUAACUGAAACACUAGCAUGGUACUCUGAACCUUUAAGGCCCAUGUAUGAGUAAAUGACUGCGCUCCAUAGAACCUUUUUUUUGUGUGUUUCUUUAUCCAAGUUGGCUGUGGAAGGAUACAUUUGUACACAGUUUGUUCACCUUAGCUGUUAGACAUGGUUUGAUGACGUUUCUGUUUGAUACUCUUACAUCUGUUCAUUCUUAAUUCAUAGUGUAGAGCUUUGUGGGUCCAGCCUAGAUGACUGUCACCUCCAUGGAAACAGUGGCAACUCAGUGCUUUGAAAUCUGUUUUGCUGGAGACAUCACAUGACGUGAUGCAACUUACUAUUGAAUGUUUUAGCCAUUUUCAUGGUGGAAGAAUUUUAUAUUUAUGCAGUUGUACAUUUUUUUUUUCAAAGUGUAAUGUAUGAAUCCAAUACCAAAGUCGCUGGUCAAAAAGUUAGAAAAUAUCAGAGGCAAUGCAGUAUCCCGUGUAAUAAGAUGUUUAGUUGGUGUGAAAAUACUUAAUUCAAUGUUGAAGAUCAAACACUUGUCAGGAGUCUGCUCUUGUCACUUUAUUUAAUCUGCAUAAGGCUGAAACAAUAAACAGAAAAAUGAGA